AUGUACGCUCCGGGUUCCAUCAAAAGACAAAAAACCACAAGAGAAGCUACAAGAAGUGCUGAAAGUAGCUCUGAAAAUUUUCAUGGAAUAGGUCGUGUCGAGUAUAAAUCAGAUGCUUCUUAUAACAUCGAAGAAAAUUUGUAUUAUCGUUAUUAUAAUGCUUCUGAACGCAUCCAUGGGAGACCGAUGGAAGAGUGGCUUAGACCCAGCGUGUUCUUGGGACAAGCUUUCACUCCAGGCUUAGUUCAACGGCCCUGGUGUGAAGAUGGAACAAGCCUGGAUAGCUACAAAAAGAGCAUUAGAGCCAUGUUUGAAUUAUGCAUUAAAUUGGGAAUCAAGUAUUGGUCGGGUUACGAUAAGAACAUUGCACCAGAGGGAGAUAAUUUCGAUGAGAAUCAGAGCAAUUUCGAUCAAAUGGUUGACCUUAUCAACGAGUAUCAACAGAAAACUGGAGUCAAACCGUUAUGGAUUGGAGUGGAUUUGAAAACGCACAGCAGGUAUAAAAAUGGAGCUGCAACUAGCACCGAUGCAAAUAUUGUUACUUACGCUGGUUAUCAAGUAAAAAAAGCUUUGGACGUUGCGCAUAAACUCAAUGCGGAAUGCUUUUUAUUUAACGGAGAACAGGAAGGCUAUGAAAGCAUUAUAAAUACCGAUUUGGCAAAGGAAAUGAAACAUUAUUCCAGAUUCCUGAAGAUGAUCGUCGAGCAGAGAGAUAGAAUCGGUUACAGGGGCCAACUUUUGAUUCAAACCAAUCACGAAAACUUGCAGAAGAAUCGAUAUAAUUUCGAUUUGUACAGCAACUUGGCACUUCUGAAGCACUACAACUACGAUCGUUAUUUCAAAGUUAACGUUAAAGCAGGACAUGAUUUUUUCAUGGCCAAUGCUUACGGAUCCGUCGGUUGUAUUGAUAUUAAAAAUAAUGACCUAAUGGACGUUACCAAAGCUUCAUUGCUUUUAAGAACUGUCAUAGAGAGCGGGGGUGUGGCUCCAGGCGGACUGACUUUUUACUUACCCAAUCACAACGCGUAUUUCGAAGCAAAGGACUUAGCUGUUGCUUUUGUAACUUCAAUUGAUUCGUUCGCUAAAGCAUUACGUUUAGCCGUAAAACUUGUCAACGAUGUUCAGAUUAACAAAAACAUUCAGAUGCGAUAUUUAAGUUUCGCGUCCGGUUGGGGCGCGAAGUUCACAGGAUCCGACGCAUCGUUUGAAGAUUGCGAAGAGCUUUGCAAGAAGUUUCAGGAAACCAACACCAAUUUGAACACGAACGCUUCACGAUCGGAACAUUGGUCUGCAGUUCUCACUCGUUACAUAGAAGCGCCGUUGAAAUAA